CCUCAGACACGUCCACACAUCUGGAGUACAGACAGGACGUACAGUUCACAUCACAAAGCAGCAGCAGCAGCAGCAGCAGCAGCUCCACAGACGGAGCACGAUGGAGGUCAAGGUGUCUGUGGACGGGAUUCCUCGUGUGGUGUGUGGCGUUACACGGGAAACAACGUGCCAAGAGGUGGUUCUGGCGUUGGCUCAAGCCCUGGGUCAACCUGGACGCUACAACUUACGGGAGAAAUUUAAGGAGUUUGAACGUUGCAUGACGCCCGACGAACGCCUUCUGGAGACCCUGGAGAGGUACGGUGAGCAGGCCAAGGAGGUCCAGCUCAUCCUGUUCCACAAUGGACCCUCCACCUGGGAUGACAUGAGCAGAGCCAAAGUCGGAAGAUACCAAGCCUGCCCGCCGCUGAGGAGAAAAGACGCCGGUGGUAGGAUGCGGCGGGGGAGCAGCUCGCUGAGUUUGCAUCGGCAAAGCUUGCCACCACUGUCCUGCACAGGAGAGGUUGAGAAGAAGCAAGAGGAUGUGAAAAGGCCUAAAAGGAAGUCUCUGACGCUCAUGGAGGAGGCCUGGGAAUGGCUGGAAAGUCUCGGAAAAGGCAGGGUUUACAGCACUGCCUGUGACAAGGACAGCGGGAAGAAGACGGAUAAAAAGAAUCGCAUCUCUUUGGAUGUCCAUCUCGCCGUUGACAAGGAUAAGUCUGGUCGGAGCAGCAGAGGCAAAGCCAGAGGUCAGAAGAGUGUCAAGUCGGAUUUGGACCAUCAAACGUCGUGUUGCAUGGGCAAUCAAACCAGGAGCAAAGAAGGCAAACACUCCAAGAAAGCUCAGGAGGGAGAGUCUGAGCUGCACGGUUUGAGCAGCGACGGAACCGAAGCGGAGAAGAAUCAACUUCGAGAAACUAUAAUCUGUCAGCUCGUGUGUUUGCAGAACUUACAGUCUCAGAUAGCACAAGUCGACAGAGAGAUCUCAGAGCUGGAGGGAAAACAGAGGGCACGGCGGGGCGAACAGGAGGCUCGAGAGAGGGCAGCUGAGGAGGAGACAGAGCAGAUACAGUUUUGGGAAAAUGAACUGAAGGCAGAGGAAGGUUAUGAGAAAGACUUGCAGGGUCAGUUCCUCGAGAUGAGAGCGAAGGCUGUGGAGUGUAAGAUGAAAUUGGAAGAGUACAAGCACAAAAUGCAAGGGUUCGAUUUCCUAGGUGGUCUAAAUGUUUCCCGCGACGAUUGUGAGAUGGAUUCUGGAGAUGGUGCAGAGCCUCCCACUGAGACUUCAGCCAUUUCACCCCAGGAUAUAAACCUGCAACAAUCUGAUCCAGAGGGGAGUGUGAAUGUAAACAGGGCCUUCCUGCCCAGGGAGGAUUUCAGCCCUCCUCACGCUCUAGUUGCGCCCAGCCAGAUCAAGGAGCGGCGGCCCACGGGACCCACAGAGCUGAGGGAGUGGUGGACGCGCUGGUCCGAGGCCCACAGCUCUCAGUCACAGGCUGAAAAAGUCAUCCACCGCUCCGAACUCACCAUUUAUCUGGGAAGUACCAAAGUUUAGGAGUGAGGGCUCACUGACAGGAACAUGGUGCCAGAUGGUGACACGGUGGUAAGCCCUCUCAGCUCAUAGCAAGCAGGUCAGAUUUGGAUUCGGGCCUUUCCUUUUAGUGCAGUUUGUUUUACCCUGCACUUUAGAGGAAGUUCCUGCAAUUUUAAAAAACACGUAUAUGAGGUAUCUUUAUGAUCUCCGGUUUUCUGGCAGCUAAGAUGGAUGAAUGAAUAAAUGUGAGCUUGAGGUGCCCACAUGCUGGAGGUUUGGAAUGUGAAGGCCUGGUGACCACUUCAGACUUAAUACUGUUUGUAUGAAGAAAACACUUUCAAGUCUCAUUAGAAUUGGAUUUGGACAUUUUUGAACACUUCGGUAGUCCUUGGUCUGCAUGGGCUAAAGUAUGAAGCAGCUGUAGCUCGUUGCCACAGUUUCUAUAGUUUCAUCUGUGCAUAGGCAUUUUUUUUUUCUAUGUGUUGCUGUUUUACAGUGAGACUAAACAUGUUUCUCAUUUCCUUCAUGUCAACACUUGUUUUGAAACCAUAAAUAAAGCAAAAACUUUGAAAUGA